ACUCUUUGCCAAAAUUUUGGCUUCAAAAACACUAUUUAGAGGAGGAGGCCGUGAUCAGCAGACUCAGGAUUUGAAAGAAGUUAUUAUUUAUCUAGGAUUACUCGAAGGAUACUACAAUGGGGACGAAAGAUGACGAAUAUGACUAUCUUUUCAAAGGUAUUUGUGGCUAAAUCAUGGCUUCAUUUGCUUUUGAAGUGGUGGCAUAACUCUUAAUUUUGUGUUACGUUUCCAUUAGUUGUUCUAAUAGGAGACUCUGGGGUUGGAAAGUCAAAUCUUCUCUCAAGGUUCACAAGAAACGAAUUUAAUUUGGAGUCAAAGUCGACAAUCGGUGUAGAAUUUGCUACCAGAAGCAUUCAAGUGGAUGGAAAAACAAUAAAAGCCCAAAUCUGGGACACUGGUAAGAUAGCUUUGGUAUUUUGUUUACCAGUUUCGUGUUUGUUUGGUAGGUAAAUCGCUCGAUCUUUUGGACUGGUGUAAGUUUACGUAGCAAGGGGGAGUUGUUUUCUUCGCUCCUCCCGGAAGCUAGUUUUAAAUGUGGUUGACAGUAUUUUUAUUUGACACAGAAGAAACCCAUUGUUUUAACAAAGAGUUGGGCUUAAGCGUUGUAAUGUUAAUGUUGCAUUUUGUGUUUUCAAAAAAUCAUGGCAAACUUUUAAAUCUUGUUGAAACGGCUGUUGUAGAGGUGUUCAAUAUUGAUCGUAGAUUGACGCGAUCGACUCUUGACUUGUUUCACUUUUCGUAGCUGGACAAGAAAGAUACAGAGCCAUAACAAGCGCGUAAGUGUUAGUAAAAUCUUGAAUUUACUCAUAAUAGAAUUGCAAAUAGCAUAACUAAUCAUUGGUGUUUUUAUCAAUCAAAAUUGAGCGACGCUUUGGUGGGUAUCACAAUAAUUUACCAAAGUGUUUGAUAGCGUAAGAUUACAAUUAUGGAAAUUAUGAUUUAAGAAGUAGCUUGAAUUUUCAAAAGGUUGUUCCUUUGAUUUUGCUAGUUUGAAUUUCAGUCUAUUUUUGAGCCUAUUUGGGUAUUUUAAAAUAGAUCAAGGUGUUAACUAAUAUUUAGCGAAGAAACCUUGUCAAUAUUCCUGUCAUACCGAAGUCUUGCAUGCGAAAACUAUUUCUUUCCCGCUAGCAAUUUCCUCUAAAUUUUUCUGAACAUUGUAUCAAGGAUGAAUGAAAAUCUUUUUUUUACUUUGAUACUGAAAGUUGUUGUGAGUGUGGUCGGUAGACUUUUCUCACUGGAGUCUAUCAUUGUGUUCAUAAACGAUGACAUUACUGAUGUUGGACUGAUUAAAAAAAUUGGCUCAUUUCGCCAUUUUUAUCUUUCUUUCCCUUUCUCUGUUAUCCAUCAUGGAAGCUUACAAGUUAUUUUAAAGACUUUUUCUUAGGAAUCAACUUCAGCACAAAAGUAGUCAAAUAAUUAUCCGGCACACGUGUAUGUUACACUUCAGCAUAUAUUUUUAGGUUGAAAUGAUUUCAUACUAGUUUUGAUUUGUAGUUUCCUCUGUUCUUGUACUAUGGUAUUGUACCUGGAACCAAACAGAGAACAACUCAAACAAUUUUGAAGUGAUAUUGACCACAAUUUUGUAUUGAAAUACAAGAAACACAUGCUGUACUACCUUAAUUGCUUAGGUAAUACCAAUGUUCUAUCAAGGGAUUUCAUAAAAGCCCAGCACAGGGAAAAUUAACCAGCUGGGAACACAAGCUGCCAUCAAAAUCUCAGCUGAACAAAUACUGUACAAGCUGGGAUUCUGUAUCUUCUUCCUAUGACUUUUUGAAAAAUACAUAUUUGAACUUACAGAAUUUUCUAGGAAUUGCCUCAAAAUGACUUUAGGGGUGAGGGAAGGUUCUUCAAGCUUACAUAAAGUAUGCCUGGUAGUCAAAUCCAAAUGCCCCAUGCUCUUAAUGUUAAUGAAACCUCUGUAUAUCUCACUACAUGGUACACCUUUCUCUUCUGAGCCCUGAUUGCUAAUAAGUUCCAUGGUGCUGUGUGUCUGUUCAGUAAAACACGUAGAUCACAGAUGACAUCAAAAUGUGGUAGAAACCAGAAAAGUGGCACACACUAAUGUUUUUACAACAUUUUUAUGUCAUUUGUGAUCUAUAACUGUACGGACACACAGCAACAUGGAAUUUAUUUGUUUGUGUGAUUUAAAAGCAAAGUUCUUUUAAUGAUAAUGUUAUCUGUGGGUCUGUCCUCUACUGGGUUUUGGGUAAUCCUGCACUGACUGAGUUGUUUUGUCUCUAGGUAUUACAGAGGAGCUGUAGGUGCCCUUUUGGUGUAUGAUAUUGCAAAGCACUUGACCUAUGAAAAUGUGGAAAGGUGGCUGAAAGAACUACGGGAUCAUGCUGACAGUAAUAUUGUUAUAAUGCUAGUGGGAAACAAGAGCGAUCUUCGUCAUCUUCGUGCAGUCCCUACUGAUGAGGCAAAAGCCUUUGCAGGUAAUUUGGAAAUAACCACCAGUUUACUUUGAAAGUAACCUUGCAUGCUGGUUAACAUUUUGCACAUUGCAGCUAUACACUAGAAAUUAUUAAAUUUGAAGCUUGAAGUGCCUACUUGGCUAUUGCUGACCGUAAAUACUUAUAGUGCAAGAAGCUGUCAGCCAGCCAAAACAACUGGCCAGUCUAUCCUAGCAGGCAUCUCUUUCAUCUCAUUUUCCCAUGACUGCUGGAGUAAAAUUGUACAAUUAUUGAAAUAACAUCUAAGAUAUUUUGUACAGUGGCCAAUUCCCCGUGUUUAGUGGAACUGAGUGUACAUUUUACCAGUAGCUGCAUUGGGCAUAAUUUUAUUUUAAGUUCAGAGUGUGCUCAAGGGUUUGUGGGAAUUUUGGGGAACACAUGUGGACAUUAUAUCUGAAUAGUUCCCAGUCUUGCAUAUGAUCUGAAAAAACAAACUUGCAGCCAACUAUUUUUUAAUGCCCUCAACUUUCAAACUGAUUGGUAGCCUGAUGUAUCAUGAACUGAAAGUACUUGUUAGACUGAAGAAUUAUGAAAUACCUGUAGUUAUAGUUGUAGUCAAUAACAAUUGGGCUCUCUUCUUGAUGGUAACAGUGUCUUUGGUGUAAAGUAUGAUUUACAUGGCACACAAUUUUGUAUAAACUUUAACACUGCUAAGAAGAAGUGAAAGUGAUUUUAUGAAUGUUGCCCCUUUAUUUUAUUCUUCAUGUGGAGAGAGUAAUUUUUUUUUUUUUUUUAGAGAAAAAUAGUCUUUCAUUUAUUGAGACAUCAGCUCUCGACUCAACAAAUGUAGAGGUGGCAUUUCACAACAUUUUAACAGGUCAGUACAGUGUUUCUUCAAAAGCAUUCUCUUGUAAGCUGUAAUUAUAUUUAAGCUCUUUUAAAAAAAUUGAAAAAACAUAUUUUGAAAAAGGUGGUAUCAGUGUAAUAGAUCAAUCAUCAUACAGUAGGGUAAGUUCAGAUGUAAUGAGAUGGCACUGUAGAGAAUUUAGAACUAUGAUUUACUUGAAAGUUUUGGAGCUGAGUUGCCCAUUCAUAUUGCCAUUAAUAUCAUGAUUUAUUUUGCCUUUUAGAAAUCUACCACAUUGUAUCCCAAAAACAAAUUCAUGAUUCACCUGGUGGUGAUGGGAGCCAACCAAGUAAUAAUGUGCAGCCCAUUAUCGUACACCCAACGAAUGAAGAUGCUCAGAAAAAGAAAGUUCAAUGUUGUAAUGCUUAGUCAAGAAGAAACCUGAGUUGACUACUGUUGUCCAAAUACUCAUUGGGCUUUAAGCCCUGCUCUUUACUUACAGCAUAACAAAACCUUUUCAAAGGUGUUUCGUACACAUGUAUUUCCAUAGUACAUUAAUUUUAGAAAUAAAUAGUCCAGGACAAGACUGAAGAAAUUAUCGUUUAAUUCUUGUUGAAAAGCUGGUUAAGGCAAGGUUACCUUCAAUGUAUAGCUUUAUUGUAUAUGUACUUUGACUGAUUUUAAUGGUGGCAAUAUGUUUCAAAAUUGAGGAAACUCUGAAAUUCUGUCUGUGUGUGUAAAUUAAUAUGCAAUUUAAAUUGGCAAAGUGCAUGGUAGUAUGGCUCAAGUCUCGUGCACAUUUAUUCUUUUUUUGUUUUCCAUGCAUUUCUAAUUCAUGAUAUUUUGUACAUGUUCUAAAGACUACACAUUUCAAAGCUGAUGAGUUUACCAUUUAUUGUUCUACUCCCUCUGACUAGUGUUAAUCAAAUGUCAGUGAAUGCAGGAUGGGUAAAUCCUCAACUUUAAUAUUUGAAUGGAGUAAAUUUCAUCUUCAAAGUAUACCCUCUUUAAGCAAAUAAAUUUCCUUUAAUGCAUAGGUAUAUGUAUGGACUUAAGCCUGUCAGAGAAUGAUCAUAAAUUUCAUAUUCAUCUCUUGUCGAUGUAUUGAUAGCAUGCUCUUGUUUGCUUGUGCUCCUGCUGUAAUUAAUGGUUCAGUGAUUGUGUUGAAACAGGUUUAGGGGGAAACUUAUCAAGCAUCUAUGCAAAUAUUGUAAAGAUGUGUUCUUGCAAACCGAGUGAAAAUCUUUUUAUUUUGUUGGCAAACGAAGCUCCUUGUUUUACAGUUAAUUUUCUUACCACAGCUGUAAAAUAGGAAAAGAAAAAAGGAUUUCCAGAUCUUUUUUUUUGAAUGAUGUCAGCGAUAGUAGUAAUGAUGGAAGACAAAAAAAAUACCCAUCCUGUUAUGAGUCAUUUGGAAAGUCCUUGCACGCCUGUUACUUAUAUUCAUCAAAUCAAUACUAUAGCACUUGUCUAUGUCUCUCCUGGCUUAUUUUUAGAGAUAUUGCAAGUAUUGUGCUAUACCUCCCAUGGCAAUUAUUUUGAACAAAAUAAUAAAGACCUGAGUUAUCUACAAGCCAGUGGGUCAUUCAUUAUUUCCGGGAUCAUUUUUUAUUGGUCAUACUCAUUCCUCAUUAGCGCUUCUUGAGGACGUGUGCUAGGUGCUAGCUACACAUACCUUCUUUAAAGGGCCAUGUACGAGUCCCAAAACCAUGGUUAGAUGCAAAACCUUUCUUUUUUUUUGUUUGCGCGAGAAUAGAAAGUCAUCAAAAGCUUCGCAAUCACCCUCGUUUUAUAUCAGUGGUUUGACGAAAUUCCAGGAGCAUUCGACAUUUUCUAUUAACGAUGGGAAAAAGGGCGAGGCUAAGAAUGGUAAUCAUUGCAAAACUACCUAACUGAUACCAAUUAUCUUCAGAUAAUGACAAACAAGGCAAUCAAUUAGACUUAUUCUAAAAGCUUAUUUAAAUUCUGUGCC